AAAAAAAAAUUUGAAAAUAAAAACCAAUUAUUUGAAAACCAUUUUUGAAAAAUUAUUUCUUUUUUAUUUUUAAUUCUGGACUAUUUACGGUUAUUGCAAAUUAAAGAUUAAUUAUUCAAUCAAAAUUAUAAAAUAUUACGGCUGUUAAGCGACAUUAAUCCAAUGGUAUUCGUUGACGUUUCAAACUAAAUGGUGCAUGUCAAAGUGUUUUAAUAGAAGCAGCAUUAAAAAUAAAAUAAAAAGUUUUUAUAAAUUUUUUCCCAAAAAGAAUGCAAUAAAUACGCUACUAACGGAAGAUAAAAAGUGAGAGCAUGAAAAGGAAUUAAUUUUACUGAAAGCAAUCCAUUCCAGUGAAUUACAAAAUAAAGCUUUAGCUUAUAACUGAUCUACCGAUAACGACGUUGGUUGACAUAUAAAAAAAAAUAAAAAUAAAAAAAAUUAGUGAUAGCAAAGGCGGCCUUUAUACGUUAUGGUGAUUACUUCAUUUUGAUUUCCAAACCAGGGAAAGAUUUUUUUUACUGAGAGAGCGGCUACAACACAGCUAUCACAACUAGACUAAGAUGAUAUUCGUUGGCUGGGGGGCAUUUGCAACAGGUAGCUGCAACAAGCAUUUUUCGCCGACAAGACUGUUGCAACGUUGCCAAAGAGACACUUAACCCGUCGCUAUGCCAUGUAAUGUGAUGGUAGAUCCCAUUAACAGUCAAGUAAUCGUACUCCAUGGCUAUAUGACAAUGUCCAAUGCUCGUGAGUUAGCAUUAUUAGAGAAAUGGUCAUCAGAUGCUGUCACAAUAAUACCACCGCUUUCAUCACCCACUUCGCCGAAGGCUACAAAAUUCUGUUGCUGUCCUAAUCGUAGGCGAUAUAAUCUUAAGCAACCGAAAUUGACUAAAACGUUGCACGUUAAAAAUAUAUUCGUCGAUAACGAUUUUACAUUCAUUGAUGAUUCAUCGUCGACUAGCGAAGAACAGGACAAAUUAGAUAAAACUGAUGCGAAUGUGAAAAAUUAUAAGCGCGCUGAAAGUUGGCCAUGCGCUAAAAAGAAAACAAACGCAACAACAUUUAAUCCAACUGGAAUUCAACAAAUUGUCAACAUUAACGACAUUAGCGAGGAGCCAAGGCAAAUAAUAGCGACAAUAAAUGCAACAAGAGUUGAGCAAAAAACCACUGAUGCUAAUGAUGAUUACGACGAUCUUGUCGAGCUUGUUAACAAUAGCGGAAAUCGUUUAGAAACGAUAGAUAAAAGAGUAAAAGAAAAAUCACAACAUUUGUGUGAAAUCGGCCGGCUAGAGGAAAGCUGUCCUACCAUUAGCAAUAAUUGCCUAACAAAUCGAAGCCUAUACGAUGAAACGUUAACCAUCCACAAAACUGUACAAGAACAAGAACCAGCGAUACAAAAAAUCGAUAUUGACGACGACUCUAAAGAAUCCAUUGUCACAAAGAUUUCAACACAAAGUGGCAAUGAGGACAACAAAGCAAAAGCAUCAACAACAGCAACAACAACAACAACAGCAACAAUAUCAGCAUCGUUUGUUACCGCAAUUGAAGACGAGGAAAAGUGUGAGAAUUUCAACCGCAAAACAACAUCUUCAACUGCGAACUUAGAAGUUAAGUUAAAACCAACAUCUAAAACGAUAAAACAUACAGAUGAACAAACAACAACGUUAACAACUCCAAUCCAAAGACUUAGCAAUAUAAGUGAAUUUAAUUCAACCAUUAAUUGUAAGGAAACAUCGAGGAACAGUCAUUGCAACAAAUAUUGCAACAGUAACUGUCAAUUUUGCUUUAAUCAAAGCUGCCGCAAUUUUUGUCAACUUAAGCAAAGCCUACGAGAACCAACCGAGCCCUUUGUUAGUCGGACUAAUAAAAUGACAAUAGCCACCAUUGCGAAUGUAACCAACAAUAAACGUAAACGUAGUAUUGGCGGUGGUGGUGGUGGUGGUGGUGGUGGUGGUGGAGUUGGUGCCGAUGGCGGAGGCAGUGGUCAUCAGGUCGUUGAAUGUGAAAAAGGUGGUCUAUCGUUGCCUCUAAAUAUAGAAACUCCCGCAGCCGUGUCAUUAAAAACGAUCAGAAUGGCUGACACAAUUUCACCGCCAACAACACCACUUCGCUCUCAGCCAACAACGCCUUCAUCACCACUAACAACAACUGUGAUUAAAACGACAAUGGUAAAGCGUAGUCCUGCUAAUGAAUUAACAAUGUCCACCGCAACGACACCAAUAAUAACAUCGACAACACCGACCACGCCAUCAACAACAACAGCAAUAACAGCAGCAGCCUCAUUGCCAUUGACUUUGGCAGAAAGAACUGCUUUAUUGGUAAAUCAGGGGAAUGUUCAGGAUGUUGCGAAAGAAAAUAAUAAACCAAGUAACAAAUGCGAUGUGGACACACGUUUAAGUGUAAAAGAACGCAUUGCAGCCUUUGUAGCGGGAAACGGUAAGAUAGAGGAAAAGCAAUAAAAACAAGAUUUACGCUUAAUUCUAUUCUCAUUGUGGCAUAAUUGAUUUAAAAGUAUCUUAUCUAUAGCUAGUUCAUUAUUCAUUAAGAACGCGAUAGUUAAGAAGCUUAUGAAGCCUAUAAAAUAUUUUUUAUGAAAUUUCUUUGACGACAUGUCAAGGUGAGAAAUGCUCCUCCAGCUAUAUCACAACAUUAAUUAACAUGAGUUGCUUUUUUCUUUUUUCAAUAAUUCGCCUAAAGAUUAUUUGGUCCCGAUCAUCAUAAACUUUACAGCAGGCAAACAUUAAUUGAUUAACUAAAUCAUGCAAGAACAGGAGAAUUUAUCGUUAGAAGUAUUUUUAUGAUGAAAACAGUCUCCUUUCCCCAUAUAAUUUGAAAAGACCUUCAACGGGUUUAAAAGCAAAAAAAACUGCAGGUAGUACCAUAAUACUUCUUACUGAAAAUUCUUUCGUAAUAAUAAUUUGACAUAAAAAUUAAACUUACUGAAUUUGGACCACAGAGGUCUAUAAUUUGAAUCCCUACUCUUGUAAGGGUUCUAAUCAAAAAUAAGGCUUUAUAUGCCACUUUGAAUUUUACGAUGGUAAUUCGUCCUUCGGAUCACAUAGAUCUAUUUUUUAGACCGCAUCAUGUAAGCUUAAUUUUUGGCUUGUUAUGACGGGACCAAUUGGAAAAUUGGAGUUUCCUAAAUUUAGACCUCGUUGACCGUUAAAUAUCCUCCAACAGGAGAGCGUUCAUGGAAGUUGUGCAUUUAUUAAGCGCAGCUAGGCCUAACACUGAAAAGAAACGAGAAAAAGCUAAUACUCCUAUCGAACGGGAAACGGACUAUAAGAGGUAAUUCGUGACCGUGUGUAAAAACUAAAGCACUUUUAUGGAAAGCCCUUGGAAUGUUACCUUAGCGCAGUUUUCUAUUACACACAAGAGCUACUUUCUUGUUCACCAAUCUAUUUCUUUUCCUUCUAAGAGCUCGAUAGCGUGCUACGAGCUCUCAGGCGGACUUAACCUCUAAAUUUUUUAAUCAUAACUUUAAAUGAAUUGCGCACUGUCCCCCUGGUCUUAAAAGUCCGAAAAUGUAAUUUAAGUGUGUAGAGUAUAUAUAAUUCUAUAUAACCUAUAAGAUUUGCCAUUCGGCUCUUUCCGUUCACUUGUCCCUUCGUCUGUUAUUUCUUUUUACAACUCUUACAACAGCAACAAUUGAUACGGGCAGCGAAUAAUUUUGCUAUGUACUUUUAGUUAGUGGCCAAAAAUUCAAUUUUAAAAUGAACCUCGUAUGUUUCAAAUAUGAGUCUGCAGUCGUUCAAGGCACAGUUCCAAUAGAGUCCAAUAGAUAUACAAACUACUGUGCAAUUUAUACAUAUUGGCUUGGAAGAUUGCAUAACAAAAAUUGGCCUCCAAGCCAGUGCCACUUGCGUCUUGCAUUAGCAAUAGGUAACGCUGUUCUUCAACUGAUGAUCUACGCACAUGUGAAACUUUACUUAUUAAGCAAUUUUCACUUAACUGACAAAGUUGAACCGAAGUUGUUCGACAAUUUCUCCAAUCAUACGCAUAUUCUGUUGUAUUUUGCUGUAGUCUUACUAGGCUUCAAUGUUGCUCUAAAUCCUUUCAAUUCUGUAAGUUGCUUCGCACCUCCAUAUCUUUCAUAAUUAAUUCGUUCAACAUCGAUUUCCUAUGGGAUAUGGGAAUUCUACCACAAGCUCUGUCUCGGGCCACCCUUUCAAAUUCAAAAGAGAAUUUUCUUCUUCUUUUGAUCAUUAGCUACGAAGUACUCUUCAAUUUUAAGCAAUUUUACAUUUUCUAACAUUUCAACGAACUUCAUUAGUUUACGAUUUACUUACUGCCAAUGUCCAAUAUGUGGUGUCAUUAAAAUUAAUGACAAGUAAUUUCAUUUCCAAUUUUUCUUUCUUUCUCUUUCCGCUAUAAUAAGUUUUAAAAGAAAAGCAUGCAUUUUUAGCUUAGUCAUUAUCGAUGGCGGACAAUAGAGAAGUUUACAUAGCAGUUUAUAUGUACGGAUAAGCGAACAAUAACAACAACAAUAACAAUUCUUAUGAAAACCAACAAUCAUAGAAGUUCAUUAUUUUUAAUAUAAUAUAAAGCAACGCAGCGGAGAUAUGCUUUUUCUUCGAUAAAUUCACUCGAAGACACAAUUCUUCACACAUAAAUUUUCUGCUUUAAAGAAAGCAUAAUAAAGGCAGAGACCAAAGCAGACGACAGACAGUAGAAAGAAGAAGAAAAAAAAAAAAACGGUCAAUAACGUUAACUUAGGAAAUCAAAUCCAAGGCGGUAUUACAAAAAUAACGAGCACAAAUGAAAACGUAUAUAAGCAUAUCUUCAUACAUAACGAUCUUAAGCAGGCAUAUACACAUAUUCUGUAGUUAUUUCAAGCCUCCUUAACCUAUCAAAGUGUGAUAUAAUACCCUCUUAGUUGCAUAGCCAAUACACAUAUGGGCCAGCACGUAUCGAUUUAUAAUUCGGUAAUUCUUACACCACAAUUUAUCUCGCCAUGAAUGACUACUCUUAAGCAGUAAAGUGAUGCUGUAAAGGCAGGCGAAAAAUAAAAAAGAAGAAAUCAAAAAAUUGUUACAAAACAAAACGCUUUAAGGCAAUCAUUGCAUUUUAUGGGCAACAUAGGCGAACAACAUCGGCAUUUUCAAAUGUGAAUCAGUUAUAAUAAAGAACAUCUGCACAAAGUGACAAAAUGACGUUUUAUGCUAAAUCUAUGCUGUAUGCACUUCACCUUCAGAACACCUUUCGUACGAUACUUCAUAAAUAUUUGCAUACACGUAUGUAAUUUCAAAAUUUAAAUGCUUGCAAAGAACUGCACCCAGAAGAAAGAAAGAAAUGCGCAGAUAUCUACUUGUUCUGCUUUUUAUCGCCCAAAUUGGUUUUUAUGUCUCUAUUCAAGCAUCAAGCAAAACUACAACGCAUUACUUUACUGAAUCGGUUUAUUGGUAUUGUAAAGAAAGCUUUUCGGCUCACUUUAUAUUAAAUGGCAUAAA